CGAAUCUGUUUGACGUUUGACGAGAAUGGCGGACGAACUGCUGUCGCCGACAUUCCGCUCAAGCCAACUACACACGCCACAACAUCUCAACAGAAUUACCAUCGAUGACCCACAUUAUCGCACUUACAAGCGAGUGCCGCUGGAUCGGAUGGGACGUCACUGGAGCUAUGGUGGCAUUGGUUCUCCUAAUGCUUGGGAUUCGUUCACGUUCAAGCCCACUCACGGAGCACCAGUAGCCAAAAGUCAUGACCACAUUGGAAGCGGCCUGUUUCCAAAGACACGAGGAUUUCCUGUCAAUCAGCUGUACAGCUUGACAUCAUUGAAAAGAAGUAAUUUGCGUUGGAAUGAUGAACUGGUACCUCGACCACUUUCUGUCAAAGUCAAAGAAAACGAAGUUGAUCAGCCAUUUCCAGCCGAGCACCCACUAGCUUCUCACACACCUCGAUUCACCGUCUUCCCUACUUCUCCCCCACUCAGCUACAACCUUGCAGCAAGACGCCUCAGACGUUCGUGCAGUGACUGCAGUGAUACGGGAGUUAUUGUAGCAAACAAAACACGAGGGAGUGCCUUCAGAAGAGAACGGCUCGUAACACAGCAAUUUGACAUAUAUACAUCAAAUAGAGACAUCCAAACAGACACCCCAGCUAUGUCUUGCAGUACAUGGGACAUCCCGAGAUCAAGUCGCCUCCACAAGCGAUCUCGGUCAUAUCCGGGACCUACUGUGCUAUAUGAUUCUGUGCCAGCUACAAGAGAAGGCACGUCUCUUAAUGUGCUUCCUCACACAACAAGAGGACGAGAGUUGUUUGAAAACUCUCUUAAUCAGACACUGUACCAAGAAGAAUUCACAGCCAAGAACACCAAACCUGACAUUCUUAACCUUGAUAAAUCAGAAGAUGAUGAGGAGGAUGAUGAAGAAGAUGGUGAUGAUGAUAAUAAUGUGGACGGCAACUGGGACAAGCCUGCUUCUCAGAGAUACUAUAUGCCUAGACCCUUAGAGGGCAGGCACUCGGCCAACGCAGCCAGUCUGCUACCAGUUCGAAUUCAAGCUGAUCAGCAACUCAAUACACCCCGAGACGCUAACAUUGGGGUCGACUUCAGAGCCGAUACAGCAGCCACAAAGACUCAAACCGUUAGCAUCAACGACGAUGCGUAUGCUUCAACAUACACAUACUGCGCCGAGUCUGACGCUACCUCAUCCAGACCUCGUACCGAAAAUUCGGAAGCUCAUCUGAUACGACCACUCUCUCGACAUCAUCAAAGACAGUGUGAGUUUUCUAGGACUGCUGUACUAAAUAAUUUCUUUCACUCGUAUCCUGAGACCUCACCCGAUCUCAGGGACUCUGUUCAGAACGGCAAACGACAUAUAAUUCACGGCGUCAAUAGUUACUACUUUCAUUAG